GGGAGAGUGCAAUAUGGCCGAUUGAGCCAAGUUUCGAAGUUUGUAAAAGAUUUUCGACAAUAAAACAACAUUCCUUUAUAAUAUUAUUUUCCUAGUCAAGAACUGAAAAUGGUCAGACCGCAGACACAAAACGGUAAAUCGCUGGCUGAUGUGGAGUCGCAACGAAAGCUUCUCAGUGCGAGCUCAGGAUGGUCAUCGGAUGACGAUAGCGAGAUAGAAUUUGACGCCUCAAGAUCUAAGUUACAUGUAGAUAUUCGGGGCACCGGUUCUGGAGUUCUCGAGAAGCCACUCUCCAUAAAAGCGAAACCGAACACGCGACAAAAACCGCAGAAAUCACGUUGUGCCAGAACGGAGGCUUCCCUCGCUACGAUUUUAGGCUUCUCCGUCAUCGUCAUCUUCCUCCUGAUGGGAACUCUGGGAUGGAUGUAUCUCAAGCAUCUCACAGUUGUAAGUAAGGCGGCACGCGUAGUUUGCAUGCUUACGACAUGCAUCCAGUCUUCGGCGCAUAUCACAGAAGUCAUGAACCUCACAGUGCCACCUUGUGACGAUUUCUACAACUUCUCAUGCGGGUCGUUUGCGGGUCUCCACCCCCUGCUGCCAAAUGAAGCAUCGUCAAGUUGGUUCAAAGUUAUUCAUGAUAGAAAUGACAUCAAGAUUGGACAGAUUCUGAGGUCUCCAGACGCCAAAUUAAAUAAUAAAACGUCGACGGCGAUUCAAAAAAUGAAAGUGGUGUAUCGUUCGUGUAUGGACGAGAAAUUGAUUGCCAAGUCUGGGGUUAAUCCUCUAACCAGGUUGAUCAAGAAACAUGGCGGCUGGACGAUAACGAAAAACCUCGGCGGCACCAAGUGGGACAAGAAAAAGUACAACCUAACACAGGUUGUGAUUGACGCGCAUCAUAUCAACAAUUACCCGUUAUUUAAAAUGGCCGUCGCGAAGGACCAGAAGAAGGAUGCUUACGUCGUAGAGUUCCAGCAACACGGCCUGACCUUCUCGGAUGACAAAUUCUACACUGGGAACAGCAAAUCAACAUUCCGGAGCGCGAUGUUGACGUUUGGUGCCGAAUUUGCCAAGCUGACCGGAACAACGGGAAAAGAUGACAUCAAAGCUGUCGUGAAAAAGUUUGCGGAUAUUUUCGAUUUCGAGGUCGAAAUUGCCAAGUUAUAUUCGGCGCGUGAAGCCAUCAAUGAUCCGUGGAGAAUGUACAAUCUAAUGACAGUUGACGACUUAAAGGAGAAUUUUAACAAUAUGAUUGACCUUGAUGUUUACCUGGCGGCCAUGUUUGGUAGGCGAAUUUCAGGAACGACCAAACUCCUCGUUUCAUUUCCGGAUUAUUUCACAAAGUUAUCGGCAUUGGUCAAGAAAACGAAAACAGAGACUAUCACCAACUACAUCAUGUGGCAGAUCGUCGAAUCAGUGUUGUCCUAUCUCCCGAAAUCCUUCCGCGAGGCUCACGUCCGUUUGCUCGGCGUCAAAUCCGGCGUGAGUACGCCGAGCGAGAGGUCGAAAUUCUGUGGCUCGGUCACCGGGAAGUUAUUCGGGUUCGCGCUGUCCGCUCUCUAUGUGAAGGAUUACACGAAGGAGGAGGCUUUGAAAACGGGUAAGACAAUUGUCCACUAUCUCCGCGAGAGCCUAAGAACCCAGAUCGGCGAUCUCAAAUGGAUGGACGAACCGACGAAGAAAGAAGCGUUGAUUAAACUUGACGGAAUGGGGUUGGCCGUCGGGUACCCUGACUGGAUCCUAGACCAAGAGAAACUGGACGAACACUACAACAAUAUGACUGUAUCUGACCAAUUCAUCGAGAACUGCCUGAAUGACGGGGUGUUCACUCACGAGAGGGUGAUCGCCAAAUACGGGACGAAACCGGAUCCGACCGAGUGGCACAUGUAUCCUUAUGAGCAGAACGCCUACUACAGCCUCACUAUGAACAGAAUGGUCGUACCGAUUGGCCUGAUGGAGCUGCCGUUUUUGGACUUGAGAGCGCCAAUGGCAGUCAACUUCGGGUCGCUCGGCAUGUUCAUCGGACACGAAAUGACUCACGGAUUUGACGUUAGAGGGCGCAACUACGACAAGAAUGGAAAACUAAAACAUUGGUGGACGGACAGCGUUCUGGGGAAAUUCAAGAAUCUGUCGAACUGCGUCAUGGACGCGUAUGGAAAGUAUGAAGAGUUUGGUGUCAAGCUGAACAGCAAAUAUACUGUCAAUGAGAACAUCGCCGACGAUGGUGGUUUGAAAAUCGCGCUCAACGCUUACGAAAAAUGGGCAAAUGAUCACGGUACAUUCAAGCGCCUACCAGGAUUAGACUAUUCCCCUGAACAGCUAUUCUAUAUCGGAUUUGGCCAGACUUGGUGUACAAGCUACAGAGCGCAGAAAGAGAAAACCUUGAUGCUGACGUCCGUCCAUCCGCCGCACAGCAUACGGGUGCGAGGAGCCAUUUCAAAUUCAAAGAAGUUCGCCCAAAUCUUCAGUUGUAAGGACAACAGCCCAAUGAAUCCUAAUAAGAAAUGUGAUGUCUGGGGAAGCUGAUCAUCUAAUGUAACAGCUUAGAUAGUGUAUCUGAUGUACAUCGAUUGUGAUAAUCAGCUGUUUAUUCUAUCGGACACAUUCCUGUCUCUCUCUUUUUGGUGUGUGUGCAAUGAAUGGAACAGCUCUUCUGUGUAUAUUUGCUAUACACGCUGUACGAUGUAUGGCUAUUCUACCAGAUGGAAACAUUCCCUCUUUUUCUGAUGUAAAUAUUUAUUCGAUAUCGGGUUUUUGGUUUUUAGUUUAGACUGAUCAUUAAUGUAUUUAUUUAAGUUUCACGUUGAGUCAGGAUGGCCAUAGACAGUUUCAUUUAUUCAGUAUGUGACCUUGUCUACAGUCCAAGUCACAAUUGACAUCCAUCCUGUUUCGCGUUAGUGACGCGUGAGUUGCGAGUGGCCUGCCAAUUACGCAAUUUUAGGGAUGACGAUUGUAAUUUGGACUGUAGCAGAAGUAGGCUUUCAGGGUUUUUGCCAAGAUCGUUCCGAGGGAAGGGCAACAUUUUGUGGAGGGGGCAAAAAAAUUAUUUUCUAAUUUUAAAUUUUUGACCUUUAUAAUUAUGCAUGUUCAAAUAGAUUUCAUCACAAACGAAUUCACACUUGUUAUGAAAUGCAAAAUUAUAGUAACAACAAUUUUAGGUCUAAAAUGAUUUUCGCUCAAUUUGUUUUUGGCAGAGAUCCAGCUUUUUUUCUUCUUUCUCCACGAGUGCGCGCCAACUAUUGAGAGAGCCAGUCCCAUAAGCGCUGAUUUCCUCGCAGUGUUGUAAAAUGUUCAUUCACCUCUUGCAUUUCGUCAUCUUUGAUCGUGUUUUAAUUUUUUUCAACAUUUAUGUUCAUCUGUUCAUUUGUUUUGUUUAGUAUUUAUUACUUUCAUUUCAUUUGUCACUUUUUGCGGCAAAUGACGGCUUUCUGCAGAUUACCAAAAUGUUAUUACAGUAGAACCUCUCUUGGCGGACACCUCUCUAAUAAGGACAACCUCUCUUAGCAGACACCUCUCUAAUAAGUACAACCUCUCUUAGCGGACACCUCUCUAAUAAGGAAAACCUCUCUUAGCGGACACCUCUCUAAUAAGUACAACCUCUCUUAGCAGACACCUCUCUAAUAAGGACAACCUCUCUUAGCGGACACCUCUCUAAUAAGUACAGCCUCUCUUAGCGGACACCUCUCUUAUAAGGACAACCUCUCCUAGCGGACACCUCUCUAAUAAGUACAACCUCUCUUAGCGGACACCUCUCUAAUAAGGACAACCUCUCUUAGCAGACAUCUCUCUAAUAAGGACAACCUCUCUUAGCGGACACCUCUCUCAUAAGGAUAACCUCUCUUAGCGGACACCUCUCUAAUAAGUACAACCCCUCUAUUAAGGACACUAGUUUUGGUCCCAAAUUAAUUGUUUCCAUUCAAUUUGACCUCUCUUAUCAGGACACCUCCCUAUUAAGGACAGCACUCGUCAGUCCCGAGAGUGUCUUUAAUAGAGAGGUUCUACUGUAAAUACGAACAGUGUAGCCCUAUAAUAAUUAUGUAGAGAAAACUUGGUGGCUUCUAAGCAUGAUGGCCCAAGGCGUUCAAAAUUGUCCAGAUAGACACUGAUUGUUGUCAGUCAUGUCAAUACUAUGGUAUGUCACCAAUAUAGUGCCUUAAAUUUGUGACUCGCUCUACCAAAACUGGGCGCUUGUCGCAUCUGAACUUGACAGGUUGAUACGGACUUGUUGUUCAUUUCCCUAUUGUAGACCUUUUGUGAAAUCUAUUACAAACUGAUUUGGUCACAUUUCACAAAAGGUCUACAAUAGGGAAAUGAACAACAAGUCCGUAUCAACCUGUCAAGUUCAGAUGCGACAAGCGCCUAGUUUUGGUAGAGCGGGUCACAUUUGUAUAUUUUCAAUUAUGACAUUAUAAAAUGUUACUGUUGACAAUUUUGUUGGAGAAAUGGUUAAUAAUUACCUUUUGUGCCUUAAAGAAGUACAGUGGAACCUCCCUUAGCAGACACCUCUCUAUUAAGAACAACCUCUCUAUUAAGGACACUAGUUCUGGUCCCAAAUUGGUAGUUUCUAUUCAAUUUGACCUCUCUAAUCAGGACACCUCUCUAUUAAGGACACUAGUUUUGGUCCUAAAUUGGUCAUUACCAUUCAAUUUGACCUCUCUAAUCAGGACACCUCUCUAUUAAGGACACCUCUCUAUUAAGGACACUAGUUCUGGUCCCAAAUUGGUAGUUUCUAUUCAAUUUGACCUCUCUGAUCAGGACACCUCUCUAUUAAGGACAGCAACUGUCAGUCCCGAGGGUGUCCUUAAUAGAGAGGUUCUGCUGUAAUUCGAAGCAGUCAUUGAUACGAAAGUAUGUGUUUUUGCCAAGAUAUCAUUAUCCAACAGAUCUAAGUGUUCCAAAUUGUUGUAAAUAUAAUAUUUAGGAUUAGAAUCAUGUAUUACUACUGUGUGUCGAAAAUUUCUUUUUUCAGUUUUCAAAUCUCUCAAGUUUCUAUGAAAGAAAUUGAUGGUAUUUUUGACACAGUACUUUAAACAACAGAUCUUAGUCUUCCAAUUUGUUGUACAUAUAUUUUAUAGAAGUUGUCUUGCUAAACAUGUAUUACUACUGUGUGUGGAGAAAAAACUUGUCAGUAUCCAGAGAUGUGAUGCUGUGAAGUUAGAUAUUUUUGCCAUGUCACUUUAUGCAACAGAUCUGAGUCUUCCAAAUUGUUGUAAAAUAUAUAGUUUUAGAAAUUAUAUCGCUAACCAUUAUAUAAACUACUAUUGUGUGUCAUAAAAAACUUACUCUCAUUUCUGAAAUAUCUAAAGUUAGUGGCCAAAAGAUGGUGUUUACAACAUAACAUGCUUAUUAUGCCACUGAUCUCAGUCUUCCAAAAUAAUGAGAGUAUAUUUGGUAUAAGAUAUUAUAUUGCUAGACAUGUAUGACUACUACUGGGUGUCAAAAAGUUCUCAAGGUUUUCUUUGACACAAUAGUAUAUGCAACAGAUCUACGUCUUCCAAAUUGUUGUAAAUAUAUUUCAAGAAAAUUAUAUUGCUUCACAUGUAUUACUACUGUGUGUCAAAAAAACUUUACAAAGUUUUCAUUGACAUGAUAUUUUAUGCAACAGGUCUGGUCUUCCAAAUAGCAUUCCGCGAAGUUACUAUUUAUAGCUCACAAGGUCAUUUGCAUAAGAUAUUGAUGACGUUUUAGUCACGUGACAGUCGGACAUCGACACUUAUUUCUACGCAUUUGAGCUUAUUUCAAAGUCAAUUAUCUUUGACCCUGCUUUGUUUUUAGCAUGAAUGAUACCAUAGAGUCAGAGAGAGAAAUAUUCAGAACAAUUAUGUAGUAUUUCCAACACUCGGACAUGUGCCAGAUUGAAUCUAACUGCCCUAGUUAGAAAGCCUGAAUCCAUUACGAAACCGCAUGUUUGUCCGACAUUGCCUGUAAUUCAGCGAUGGGGAAAUAGAGGGCAGCAGCUGCAGUGACGUCAUCUUCGCGGAAUGCUAUUGUUGUAGAUAACAUAGUAUCAGAAAUUCUAGUGCUUCAAAUGUAGUACUACUGUGUGUCAAAAAAACUUCACACAGUUUUCAUUGACAUGAUAUUUUAUGCAACAGGUUAUGACAGGUCUAAGUCUACCAAAUUGUUGUAGAUAUAUUUAAAGAAAAGUAUAUUGCUUCACAUGUAUUACUACUGUGUGUCAAAAAAACUUUACAAAGUUUUCAUUGACAUGAUAUUUUAUGCAACAGAUCCAAGUCUUCCAAGUUGUUGUAAAUAUACAUAGUAUUAGAGAAUUAUAUUGCUUCACAUGUAUUACUACUGUGUGUCAAAAAAACUCUACAAAGUUUUCAUUGACAUGAUAUUGUAUGCAACAGGUCUAAGUCUUCCAAAUUUUUGUAAAUAUACAAAGCAUUAGAAAUCAUAUUGCUGAACUUGUAGUGCUACUGUGCGUCGAGAAAAAUACUUUGCAGAGCUACUACUGGGUGUUAAAAUACAAGAUAUGCAACAAAUCAAAGUCUUCCGAAAAAUGUUGUAUAUUUUGUAAAUAUUUUAUCAGGGUGCUUCAUAUUUAAAUGUAGGUUGCGGGUUCUUUUUAAAGGGUGUCUGUAGGCAGCAGCAAGAUGGGGUAAGAUAAAGUUACACGAAGUCGCCAAUAGGGGUCUCUCAUCUCGCAGUACGUUGAAAUGAUUGCGCUUGUACGAGGUAUAUAUUUAGUGCUGAGUCUGACAUGACCCAGGGCCCUUACUGUGUAUAUUAGCCACCUGAAUAUGGCCAAAUUAACCCCUCUGCUCCUGCCUAUACAUGCUUCCCGAAAUUGGUGGCUUGCAUUGGAACUAACUUUUCCCCCCUUGUCCGUCAUUAAAGGCAUUCAAGUGUGUUGGUCAACCAUGACUAUCUCCUUUGUCCCUCCACCAUAAGGCCUAGUUUCCCCUUAUGACAUCACUAUUUCGGACACUCAGCGCCCCAUUUCUGGACAGGUGUAUAGUCCUUCUUUAACGGGUGUCUGAAGGCAGCAACCGGAUUGGGUAAGAUAAAGUUGCACAAAGUCGACAAUAGGGGUCUCUCAUCUCACUGUAGACUGAAACUUUUCAUGCUUGCUUGUGCCAGGAAUAUAUUUAUUGUUAGAUAAACCAUGACUGAGCUUCCCAACUUUGAAAUCUGACCAGUAGUUUGCCCUCCAGAGCCCCAAACAAUGUGGACAAAGCAUCUCCGAACGGAGUAUAGAUGAGAGAGAACUGUUUGACGCUUAUAGACAGCUAAUUUUUCUGACAAUUUUGCGAAUUGAGAAUGUUUGUCAACCAUAAAGUUGAAAAUGCUUUUCUUGGUUUAUGAAAAAUGUAUGUAAUAUUUGUUGCCAUGGCAACUGCUUUGUUAGUUAGGUUAUAAUAUGUAUAAUCAUGAUGCAUCACCAAAAAUGGACCAUAUUUUUGUUUUUGUAUUGGCAUGGCGACAUAAAAGCUUUCCUUUAGUUAUUAGCAUGGCUAAUUAGCUCAUUAACCAUUAUUUCAUUUAAAAUGCAUCAUCGUUUCCAUGGUGAUGUAAUGCUUUUGUGUAUAUAUGUACAUGUAGGUGCUAUUUCAGGUUACGGUUUGGUUGCCAAGGCAACAUGACAACAAAAUCUAAAGUCUUCCAUAGAUGUUGUAAUUAGCUUUCUUGUUUGAAACAUGUAUCAAUUAACAUGGCUAGUUAGCUCAUAAAUCAUUAUUUCAUUUCAAGUGCAUCAUUGUUUCCAUGAUGAUAUUAUGUUUGAAUCAUGUACUGUUCAGCUGAUAGUUAACUAGCUCAGUGUAGUGAGUGAAUUAGGCCCCAUUAAAAAUUGUUUGUUUAUCAUCCCUGCCUGCUUCACUCAUUUCGCCUGCAUCCAAAUGUCAUCUUAUUAUAUAAUUUCAGAGGUCAAUUACCUAAUUCACACUUCACGCAGAUAAGAAAAGUGGUAUUAUGGGAAAAUGGAUUUCGUUGCGUUUCUGAUAAAAUUCCUUGUCUGAUGACACUAAAUAUGUUUGUUUUGGUAAUUUUGACACCAGUUAUUCAUCUUUUUGAAUGAAGAAACACGCACUGUCAAAUUACUGCUCAUCAAAUAUUGUCCUAGGUAAUUUAAGUCCACGUACUUGAAAGUGAUACUAUGAUGUGAUUUACAACUUUGCGGAAAUACGUCCGUUUUUAAUUGUUGAUCACAAAUGUAAAGCUCAAAUUUUCCAUUUUUGAUUAGAUUUAUUAUAAAAUCGCUGAAUGUAAACCACCGCGACCGCGAAAAUGUUCAUGUUGUGACGUCAUCAACGAAAACGGCAUCGAAGCGAGCCGUCCGGGCGGGAUUAAACCAUCAAUUUCUAGAAAAUGCGCAUUUCGAUUCGAAAACCUUACCGAUUUAUGAGAAAGUGACGUAGUCAUUUGUCAAAAACAGCUAAAACAUUAUAUGGUGAAAUUUGACACGAGUUACCCUUUAAGCUUUGGAGGCGUUGGGCUCCUGUUAAAUUGUAGAUCUGUAUUGUGUUUGUUGUUGUCGACGUGUCCUGGAACAAGUUUGGCAUCCCCCAGAUGAAUGGUAAAUGAUAAAUGUCAUUUGUAUCGCGCCUCAAAGCGCCCCUCUCCACCUGUCGAAAAAGUAGCGUUUUUAACUGACUCUUGAACUGUUCAAUGCCUGUCUGUGCCCUGAGGGCUGGUGGCAGUUUAUUCCAUAGGCACGGCCCGCAGCUGGAAAAACGGCGCUCACCGUACCUAGUUUGUGUCCUUCUUGCUUCUAGCAGAUUAAACCCAGAGGAUGCUCUGGUGAUCCUUCUUUGAGGGGUCGCAGUUAAAAGUUCUUUUAGGUUCACAGGACCUAGUCCAUUUACCGACUUAUAGACCGUGAGUUGAAUCUUAUACUCGAUAGCAUUCCGCGAAGUUACUAUUUAUAGCUCACAAGGUCAUUUGCAUAAGAUAUUGAUGACGUUUUAGUCACGUGACAGUCGGACAUCGACACUUAUUUCUACGCAUUUGAGCUUAUUUCAAAGUCAAUUAUCUUUGACCCUGCAUUGUUUUUAGCAUGAAUGAUACCAUAGAGUCAGAGAGAGAAAUAUUCAGAACAAUUAUGUAGUAUUUCCAACACUCGGACAUGUGCCAGAUUGAAUCUAACUGCCCUAGUUAGAAAGCCUGAAUCCAUUACGAAACCACAUGUUUGUCUGACAUUGCCUGUAAUUCAGCGAUGUGGAAAUAGAGGGCAGCAGCUGCAGUGACGUCAUCUUCGCGGAAUGCUAUUCGCGACCUGAUGGGAAGCCAGUGUAAGUCUAUAAGAAGAGGUGUAAUGUGUGCCGUGUAAUAUAUGCCGUGCACAAGCUAACUCUCUUGUAAUAUCCGAACCUGGAAGCGUAUGAAACAGUCUGGUUAUCCUACAUGAUUUGUAACUCCGGUGUGACAGCGGAUAUAGUCCCCCUGGAGUCAUAGUCCGGUAGCAUUGUAUUUGACCAAUUAAGCAGCAUGAUCUAUUGUACCACUAACCCUAACCAAAACAUUUAGCAAUGCGGGCUAUUGUUACACGGACUAUCAGCCCUAGGACUACUAUCCCCGUCACACCUGGCCUGAAACAAGCUCCAGAUCAAGCGCAUAUAUGCACCUGUGUGCAUGUAGACAUCUGGAAAUGUACGGAAGACCAAAUUAGGCAGGUUUCGCAAGCUUACAUUUUACGUUUACGUUUACGAUUACGAUUUGAUGACAUCCUGACGCAAAAUUUGGCGCCGACGGAGGACCUGACGCAAUGACGCCAUCGACUGAGGUGUGGCUUCCCGUUCGGCUGAAAAUCCUUUGAUCUAUCACUCAGGUUUAACCACCGCUAAAUUACAUAUAUGCACCAUGCAUUCUUCUUGAAAUUAUGAGAAUAUAUAGGUAAUAUACUCGUAUAAGAGUGUCUAAAAUUCGAAUUGAAUCCAUUCAUCACAAGCUAUAAGACUGGGCUUUGACUAAAUCGUAAUUUCACUUACGCGUAGCGAGCGAUUUACGCGUAAAAAAAUCCCGUUGAGGCUCUUCGAAAACGUAAACGUUUACGGAAAACGUAAGCUUGCGAAACCUCACUGUUUUGACAUUUCAGUCACUUUAUCUUCGUGAUAACAAUGUACCGGGGACAAGUCAAUGGCUGAUAUGAAUAAAGUCUAGCAAAUGCUUUUACUUCAAUUUUGUACAGAAAGGCCAAGUGUAAAUGUACAUGUAGUUUUAGAUAAAAGCAUUUACUACUCUUUAUUCAUAUCACCCAAUGGCUCAUAUGAAUAAAGUCUAGCAAAUGCUUUUACUUCAGUUUUGUACAGAAAGGCCAAGUGUAAAUGUACAUGGAGUUUUAGAUAAAAGCAUUUGCUAGUCUUUAUUCAUAUCACCCACUGUCAGUAGAAAUAACCGAGUUGUUGUACACUCCUUACAUUGUCAUUUUCUUGUCUAUUUAUGUUCAUUUCAAUAAUUACAUUAAAAUCCUUGUAUCAUUUGA